CAGCUGUAAACUUUUUCUAAUUUAGCUAGUUUUCAACGCGAAUUUAGUGCUAAACCCAGUGUUGUUCUAUUCCCCGUUCUCCAGUGGAUAUUUUAAUGAUAAAUAUCGUUCUGAAAAGCAAAAGAGCACAACGAGAGUGUUCUUUUUUCUUCAUCCUUGUCGCUAGUGAAGAAAAUAUGAUUGGAUCAGAGCAAGAAGAAGAGGAGGAAUUCCAACAGCGAGUCAAAUCGAAUGGAAAGUAUCAUCAUCAGCAGUAACAGCAGCGAACGAAAAACGAGCAGCUCCAGCUCCAGCUAUCCAAAAGGAAAGAAAAAUCGUAAACAACAAAGCGUUCCGACAAAGGUUCCCGCAAAAGAGAUUAAGAAGAAGCGAAAUAAGAACGUAUAGGUACUUCGCUUUACUAUAAACAAAUCGAUGGCCAUGAUCAGUUUCAGCUUCAGCUGAAUCGAGACGACAUUUGGAAUUGUAAUUAAGCAAAAAAAAUUGAAAAAUGGUAUCCAAUCUUCGUGAGCAGUAUUACCGAGGGCUGCUGACGAUAGCAGCGGCAUUGUUUAUUAGUAGCUGUCGGCAAGCUUUUGCUUCCAAUCAUAUCUUUGUAAAUAACAUAGUUCCUUUGAUAAGUAAUCUAAGUGGUAGUGAGAUAAGUUUCGAUAAUAGCAGCAAAGUGCCUUCUUCACCGAUAUCGACACCACACAGCAGCAAUUCAAUGCCCUCGGUUGUCGGUGGACCGGCCGCAUUGUUCCCCUUUGCAUCACCACAAGUACAGCAACAGCAACAGCAACAAAUCGGCCCUGGUGAGCGGGACUAUAGUGUUUUAGAGCUGUCCAAGUUGCUGGAGUUGAAGCUAAAGCGAAUACGCAAUCAAGAGCUUGAUGUUCCGGUUGUACAGGAACUGUACGAUACGAUGGAAUUUACUUCGGUCAUCCGCAAUGAUAUCGACGAACUCGAUAGGAUUACCAAGAAGCUGACUGCAAAGUUUGAUCAAUCGGUAGCAGUGGUCGACCGGUUGCGUGCAUUUAUUUACGACACCGUUGCUCGCCAGAGUGCCAAAUACAACACUCUCAUCAGUCCGUGUCCGUACAGUAACGAACUGAUCAAUCCGUGGGAUGACGAGCCGCAUUUCGAUUUGCAAAGCUUCAUCCAAAACACCAAAUCAAUGAAUUCUUCCAGCAGUAGUAGCAGUAGCAGUAGCACCUCAGUAAUGAAACAGUUGUCUGGUGAAUCAGAUUUCCUAGACUUCUCGGCAUUUCCAACGAGUCCGGAAGAUCGGCCUCGGAUCCGCAUAAACGAUCAAACGGUAGACGAUAACAAUCAGAUUUUACAAAAGCGAUUUCAGGAUCAGAUUGCUCACAUGCAGAGUAAUUUCUACAACCUCAAGCAACUGUUUUUCUUAUCGGCCUUUGAUCAAGGAAGCGCUUUUAAGUGUCACUACUAUCCACGUGACGGUAGACUGAAGUCACUAUAUUUGUCCUCUGUGAGGAGUAAGCAUUUUAUGAUUUUAUUAGACAUCGGAAACUCGGUCAGUUUCGACCAACUAGAAGUGGCGAAGGCGAUCGUGAAAUUUAUCAUCUAUCUGCUAAAUGAGAACGAUCGUAUCGCUAUUAUCGCAGUCAGUCAAAAGCUGACGACAACGGAAAACUUGCAUCACUGUAGUAAUACUCCCUUCGUGAAUGCUACCAUAGAUAAUAAGGACCGGUUGGUGGAAUUCGUGGAUUCACUGAACAAAACAGCUUCGGCUGCCGUUCACGUGGCAGCAUUUCGUUACGCGUUCAGGUCUUUAAGCGAAGCAUACAAAGAAGUGAGCACGGAACUUCCAAUCGUAUUUUUAUACUUGGGUAGAGCGCAGCUCUCACCAAUAACUGCCGCUGCACGAUCGGUAAUUAGAACAAUCGCCGAAGGACAAUCAAGGCUUCCAAUCCCAGUGAUUAUAAACAGUUGUUUGAUCCUGCUAGAUGAACGGGAAAUCACCUACGAAAAGCAAUUUAUCGCAGACUUUACGACGCAGAACUUUGCCAAGUACAAUAUCAGUGGCAUCUUUUUUAAACCGAGGCCAGGCAAACUGGUUAUGAUUUCAAAACACAGUUUUGAUGCACACCGAUUUGUACUUGCUUUAAUGGAGCCUUUUCUUACCGAGAAGAGCUUUGUUGAAGAUCGAAUACGAAUACAUCUGCCUUAUCAUGAAGCAAUAACUCAUGAUACUUUGGUUAGUCUUUCUGUUCCUGUGGCUACGCAUGGAUUGAUGGGGAUUGACCUGUAUCUCAGUGAUUUGGUAGAGGACAUCUCCUACUAUAAGCAGGACGACGAAAGUUACGCUUUUCUGAUGGACUUGCGGGGAAUAACGAUUAUGCAUCCUUCAUUUCCCAGGCCGCUUGCAGCACGAGAGAACUUUUUCAUCACAAACAUCACUCUGCUGGAGCGUGGGCUUAGUGCUGCUAACAUCGAAGCUCUACUCUCAAAAAGCAGCGGUAAUUUAACAAUCAUCGAGCCGAAAACCAGACAGCAAAAAGUUUAUUUAUGGAAGCGAGCUCGCUUCUAUGUUGCUUGUAUAGUUCGUACCAUCAACGACGACCGGAGUCCGAACAUUCUCCUUAACGGAGCAAGCGCUCGAUACAGUCAAACCCAGCAGCUCCAAUAUUAUCAUUCUCGAUCGAACAUGGAUUACAGCUUCAUAAGCAGCAACGGUUACAACAGCCGCAACCUGUUAACCGACUUAAUAUAUCAUCGAAUCGACAUUUAUUCGGCUCACCUUCAACGACCCAUCCCGACAAGUACUUCAUCUAAUUCGCUGCCCAGUGAUCUCGGUUCCUCCGUCGCUGAGGGCCCCCGAGUCUGUCGUCUUAUGAAACAGCUUGCCCUUGCUGACGAUUCUACGCUCUACCUUAGUGCUUCUUCGUUUCAAUCGCCCUACGCGCACAUUCGUAACAAUCGUGAUGGUUCUAAUGACGAAGAUACACUUCGAACAAUUCAGAAUAUUAUGGCAUACCUGAAGGACACCACAUCUCUUUUCGCCAAUCCUGGACUUUUGCCGGAAGUACGCAGCGAUGUGCUGGCACUGCUGAAAGUUAUCUCCAACUAUAGACGAAAACACGGUGACAGUAAGCUGAGCAAAUACAUUAUCCGCCGCUAUGCUGCCACUGUGAAUGGUGUUAUGCAGAUUUACCCGGGCGGGUUGCUCGACAGUGACAUCGAACCAUCCAAACGACCGUGGUUCGUUAAAGCUAUGCAGUAUCCUGGAAAAGUGGUGGUUACUAAACCCUAUCUGGACGCCGGAGGCGCUGGCUACAUUGUCAGCGUUUCUUACACCAUAUUCGAGGGAAUUGCUGAUGCCCUACACAAUACCGAAAACGAUAAACCGAUCGUCGUUGUGGCGUUGGAUUUCAGCCAGGGAUUUUUCUACAAGCUGCUCACGGAAUCGUCCUCCGGUGUGUGCAACGCCGACAACAUCAAGUGCUUCCUGAUGGAUGAUCGUGGUUACUUGAUUGCGCACCCGAAACUGAUCGAACCGGCCAUCGGUAGCAACCGGCGCACGUUGGAGCACAUCACCCACAAGGAGUCGCAGGUCGCCAACGAUAUCCUCAAUCACAAGCAGCUGGUCACGAAGAAAAUGUGCUACAACUAUGUUAAUCGAACGGUGCAACGCUUGUAUCAGUUCAAUAUGUCCCUCACGGAGGUGGUAACAAAUCUGAUGUACGGUGAAAAGACCAAAUACCAGAUUGUGCUGAUCCCGGGAACGAAUGUUUUCAUCGGCGUGGUCAAUACAACCAACGAUGGUGGAGCGUUUUGUCCCUGCAGUACGGUCGGUAAUUCUUGCCUCAACUGCAACCGGAUGGAGCAAACCGAGUGCGAGUGCCCUUGUGAGUGUCCUCUAGAUUAUUCCGAGGAUCCCAAUGAAACAGCAUGUCUGAAGGAUGCUACAACAGCGAAUGGUGGAAACCGAAAGCCUACUCCAGACUCCAUUCCUCUGUGCUCUCCACUUCCGGAAGAACUUAUCUCUAUGCACGCUCUCAACUACGAGAGCGAGUUCGAGUUGAAAAGUUGUUCAAAUAUCAAUUGUGAGGAUUACACUACACAGAACGAGUGUUUAGGACUAGUUGGAUGCGAGUGGUGUCAGGUAGAUAUCGAUGGGGAAAAUACUCUCAACACUCCCUUUUGUACGUCACAGCUAACUUGCUUCAACGGGAUCUUUGGUUCGGUUACACCUUACGGUGAUGUUAUUAGCAAUAACAUCAUGGAGUCCGUUCUGCCUCCAGCUUACAGUGCGAUCGGUCCGGUAGCCGGUGCUAUACUCGCCCUAUGCCUCGUGGUAGGAUUUGCUAUGUACUGCUACCGUCAGAACAGUGACCAGAGUGGAGCUUCUGAUCAACUGUACGACGAUCUGGUAGCGGACCCUUGCAAUGGACUGCCACUGUCUCGAUUCGAUAUAGAAGAUCACAAUCCCCCGGAUGAUUGCGACAUCAGUCGCUCGAGUGCCAAGCAAAACCUGCUGCUGAACGGCCAAAACAAUGCAAAUUAUGUGAUUUUUCCAAACGUGACUUCACCUUACCAAAUGUCUUCCAAUUAUCGACGACCGAAUGCCGGCUCAUCGGAUCAUGGUUAUUCAACCAUGACCCAUCACGAAGAAUCCGAGCAUUUGUGUCUGUCGAACGCGGAACCAGUGGCCCCGAAUGCUUCUGGCAAACGCAUGUCAAUGUCCGACUCGGCUUCGAUCAAUACGUCAGUGUCAAGUCCAUACAGUAAUCAUCAGAACUUUCUGACAUUAGCGUCUGGAAAAGCUCAACCUUACCAGCAAGUGCAUGCUGCGGAUGACCAGGAACACCAGCAUCAGCUGCAGAAGCUCGUCGACCCUACGCAGACGGUUCUGCCCUCCCCAACAUCGGUUUCGCGAACGGGCAUCUAUGGAGCUGGACAUCACAUUCUCGUUCCGGUUACAGUGCAUCGGAACAUGGAUGUUUCCUAACGAACCGUGUUAGGUUAUUUGUAAAUUUAAUGUUUCACUACGAUAGAUUCGUGUGAAGGAUACCUGUCUAUGCAUGUCCUUGAUGUGAAUUUUUUCCAUGAAACGCUGACGGUAGGCUUUUAAUAUUCGAUAGAUGUUACGGGUUCGUGUAAGAUAAAGGUAAGUAUAGCAAGUUCCCGUUUUCGUCAUAAUUAAUGUACCUUAUAGAUUUCCCCAAUCGAGCUAACGUCAACGAAUAUUUGUCACUAUUUCUGUCCCAAUAAGUACCAACCUAGCUAUUGAAAAUGAUUGUCGUAUAAAAAAUCUACGUUAGGUACCUCUAGAUUUUUUGUUUUCUACUCACAUGCCGCAAGGUAGAUCGAAGCAGCAAUGGUGGCUCGAUGUUAAUCUUUCUCCCACCCCCUUAUGACUGUUGACUGAUUGUUGGAAUCAUUUAUAAGAAUUUUAAAACCUAGGCCAUUAUAAUCCCACUGUAACCCUCAACGGCUAUUGCCACAUGAUUAGUAUAGCAACGAACGGCAUGCCAUUUGUGAAGAUUUCCGUAGCAAAACGAAAACGGCUGAAUGUACCAUUUACAUUUAAACCACAACAUAAUAAUGUGCUGAGAAGAAGCAACAGCACUAAUGGUGAUCAACAUUGCAAUAUUUGGCCGCUAACUAAGAGAUAGCUACUUUAAACAGACUGAUAAAUAAUGUACACUAGCCCCUCAACUUGCACCGAAACUAUUGUUGUGCAAACUAGAGACAGAGAAUGCGGAACAACGAAACCAAUUCAUUUUCUUCGUCAAUUUAGCUAUUUUAGCAAAAAAGGAUAACGCCCAAUUUACUAGGCGUAAGGUUAGGUACUCGCUUUUUCAACUUGAAGCGCAUGUUAUUUGAACACCAACAGAAACUCCUUCCAGUCCCUCUAGAACAAAUUUAGCAAUGGAAGAGAAAACAGUUUGCAUGUCAGGCUAACAACAAAUUUGCCAAGUUAUAUCAGCUUUACCCAGUUUAAUAGAUUUAAGACCAUACUAGAUACUUAACAGCCACAAUGGUAGAGUAUAGAUGGUUACUCUACUGCAGAUUGAUAAAGCUACUCAAGCAAGCUGUAAAUGUUUCGUUUUUAACAUUGACUUUUUAAUACGGCAGCUAUGUUUACUUAUGCGGCAGUAUUUUCCCUAUUUAGUUUAAAGUUAAUUUAUAACGAAUAAAUGUAUUUUAUUUCCAAAUGAACUAA